AUGUCGGGAGUUGUCCGGACCCUGAGCCGCUGCCUGCUCCCGGCCGAGGCCAGCCGGGACCCGGGCAGCAGCAAGGAGGGGAGCCGGGAGAGGGACGCGGCGCAGGAGCGGGAGGCGAGGCGCAGGAGCCGGGAGAUAGACGCGAUGCUGGCCCGGGAGAGGAGAGCCGUCCGCCGGCUGGUGAAGAUCCUCCUGCUCGGGGCCGGAGAGAGCGGAAAGUCCACAUUCCUUAAACAGAUGCGCAUCAUUAACGGGCAAGAGUUUGAUAAAAAAGCACUUCUGGAUUUCCGGGACACUAUCUAUGAGAAUAUACUGAAGGGCAUGCGCGUGCUGGUAGACGCCCGGGACAAGCUGGGCAUCGGCUGGCAGAGCUGCGAGAACGAGAAGCAGGGCAUGCUGGUGAUGUCGUGGGAGGGACGAGUGGGCGGCUCGGGGGUCGAGUCAAGUGAGUUUCAGCUUUACGUGAUGGCACUGAACGCACUCUGGACGGACACCGGCAUACAGGAGGCCUACGCACGGCGCUCUGAGUUCCAACUGAGCGAGUCAGUGAAAUACUUCCUGGAUAACUUGGAUCGUAUUGGUCAAAUGAAAUAUAUCCCCAGCAAGCAGGACAUUUUGUUUGCGCGAAAAGCGACAAAAGGAAUUGUGGAGCAUGACUUUAUCAUAAAAAAGAUUCCUUUCAAGAUGGUGGACGUCGGAGGGCAGAGGUCCCAGAGGCAGAAGUGGUUUCAGUGUUUCGACGGGAUCACAUCCAUACUCUUCAUGGUGUCAUCGUCAGAGUACGAUCAGGUCUUGAUGGAGGAUCGAAGGACAAACCGUCUGGUCGAGAGCAUGAAUAUCUUUGAGACAAUUGUCAACAACAAGCUUUUCCUCAACGUGUCCAUCAUCCUCUUCCUCAACAAAACAGACCUGCUGGUGGAAAAGAUUCGCAAGGUGGAUAUCCGCAAGCAUUUCCCCGACUACAGGGGAGACACGCGGAGGCUAGAGGACGUUCAGGCGUUCCUGGUGCAGUCGUUCAGCCGUAAGAGGAGGAACCGGGGGAAGCCGCUCUUCCAUCACUUCACCACUGCGAUAGACACAGAAAAUAUCCGCUUUGUCUUUCACGCUGUCAAGGACACCAUCCUGCAGGAAAACCUCAAAGAUAUAAUGCUGCAGUGACCUUCACACUGACUGUAAACUGUGAAACCAGCCAUGCAUCCAGGCCUGGAGGACCCCCCUGGCCCCUAGGUGCUGAUUAACACUGACCUGUGGAGCAGUCUGUGGAUCGAACUGAACUCUGAACCUGUGGAGCCCCGAGGUGACUCUGGACCUCUUGGCCUUCCCUGUGGAAACUGUGAGGGUCGUAGGGGACAAGACCCUGCAUUUAACCUGUAUAAAUGUAUGUAUGCCGGAAAGGCAGCCGACCUGUUGUAGCUCUCAAGUGUUCCCGCCUUUAUACACAGCUUAGAAGAUGUUGGUAGCACUUUCUAUAAAGCCCAUGUUUAUAUUGCGUUAUAAAUAUAUACUGUAAUGAAUAAUAAUCUGAUAUGAUCAUACUUAUAAACACUCAUAAAUAUGCAGAAUGCUUUUUAACAAUAUCACAGAAUAAGGAAAUAUAAUAAACCAUGAUGUCAAGUAUAAUUUAAAGCAAGCAAUGACCACUAAAAGUUACUUAUUGUAUUAUAAUUCAUUAUCACAGUGAUUAAAAUGCAUUAUAAAUAUAUUUCAACUAGGUUAAUUAUAAUAAACGUUGCUCCUUGCAAUGAAAGGUCAGUAAACGGAAAAUAUGAAAUAUUAUAAUGAACUUAUGGUCUAUGCGUAUUGAUAUAAAGCAUUAUGAAUAUGUUUGAGUGCUUAAAACUAUAAUUAUAAAAAGCUAUAAGCAGAUUUUGAUUUAAAGACAUGGGUGUCAGGAAAGUGUUGCCAACAUGUUUAAAAAAAGAGAAAAAUAUGGACUACACCAACUACAUGCCAUGAGCACUGAAAGUGUUAUUUUUUCUUAGAUGUAUAUAUUUGUGUAUAUAUAAUGACAGCCCUGUCACUAAACCUAAAAGUCAGACUGCUGCCGGUUGUAUCUGGAUGAAGCUGUGUGAGCGAGAAGCCGGAGGGAAGAGAGAGGAGAGACAGACAGAUUUAGGAAAGUUUAGAGCGAGCUGAAGGAUGCCUUGUCCUGAUGUGCACGUGACGCGGAGGAGGGUGAGGGUUUGGGGUCAGACUGGUCAUAUGCUGUGUUAUGUGAUAAGGUUGCACAAGUGUUUCUGUCAUUGACCUUAAACAGAGGAAAGAGAUAAUUCUCUAUCAUGCUUCCUGCUCUCUCCUGUGCUAUCUAUCUUUACCUCUCCUUCCCUGCUUGUGUUUAUUAACCCCCCACGCGCCAUCAUACAAGGCAUGAACAGCUGCAGAUAACAAGUCUUAUCCCUCCUAACCCAUAACUCUCCUCUCCUCUGCACAAUACACAGAUUGUUCUUCCCCCCCUCUGCAGCAGAAACAGUAGACGUUUAAAUGAGAGACUCUUCUCACACACACACAGCUCCAUAUCAUGAAUUAUGGUUCAUCUCUAUUCCAACUUUCUUCUGUUUCCAACCAACAUCGCAUUAGAUAUACCAUAAUAGCCUAGAUGUAACUUGAGGUGUAAAAUAAGUAUGCCAUUUACAAGACAGUGUUGGUGUACGGUUACACUGCUCGUUCCUUUGUCCUGAGAACGUGACGGGAACAGCAGAGGGUGAACUGUAACUGACCUUAUUCCCAUGCUGCGGCCAUUUUGGACUUCUGUAGCUCUGUCUGGGAAGGAAGUCUAUCUAAAGAACUGGCACGAAACGAGUGAGACAAACCAGACCAAAUAAAUAGGCAGCUGUUUUCAGCGAGAAAACCCUCUGAUUCACCCAGUUUAAACGACCAGUCCAUCACCAAACAGCAGACACAAUGAGCAUUUAGCCGGUGAACUUAAAUAAUAUUCUGUUUGUACAUUCUGUCGGGUUUUGGACAACACGCUGAGCAUUCACGCCUUUUAGUGUGUUCAUAGUAUAAACAAGGCUUAAAUGAGAGAGGUAAGAUGAGAAUAGACAGACUGGUUCAAACUGAUAAGGAGCAGCAUCUCUUAACGCUUUCACACGUCAAACCUUAAACAUUUCCACAUGAAACCUGGUUUAAUUUAGGCUGUUGUAGGCGCAAAUGACAUUACUCCAGUAUAAAAGCAGGUAUCUAAUAACCUGGCCAUUGAGUGAGUGUUAAAUGUUGUGUUUACAGCUUGUUGCUAUGCCCCAAGGUGGCCAACACUGCAGAUUUAAAGACCAAAUUAUAAAUCAUUUAAUCUAAAACCACUAGAUGAAUCACUAAUGAAAACUACAAGGUCACUCAGAGCACGCAGACGUCCUCCAAGGCCAUUUCUAUUAGUGAGAAAUAAUGUGUGUAUCCUUACAGAAUGUAAUGGGUCAUCUUUGGCCCAUUCUUCGUCCAUCCUCCAAGCUUCAUGAACUGUAGUUUUUCAGUUAUCCUGUGGUUUACCAGGCAAACAAAACUAACUAAAAAACAAUGGGGUUAAUAAUCACUAGUUGCUUCCUGGUUUAUACCAGUGACAGGUAAUGUAGCAUAAAGAAAAGUACUGUUACGAUGGUUAUUUGCAGUUUAAUAUACCAAGCGCACUGAUUUAUGAUGGUGGUAAAACUGUUGACCAGACUUGGUCUCAGAUGUCCUGUAAUGUGCUUUAAAUGGUUACCUGCCAGCAAACCACAAACUUAUUAGAAUCAAAACAUGUUUUAAAGUGGAGAAUCUAUAAAAUGGGAAUGUUGAUCUGACUCCCAACAUUGGCCUGGUUUGGUACGCAGCAGCAGGACACAGCUGGGGUGCCCCGCCCCCCCCCCCCCCCCCCCCCCCCCCCCGGGUAUAAAGUCCAAACAGCUUCAAGGGGAAUGACGGGAAUCAUGAGCACUUCCACAAGCCUUAUUAUAAUACUGUAUUAAACUGUGUCAUGUGUUUGCAUAGUGACUUAAGGCCCUUUUUGAUGCAUGUUCAUACAUUUUGUACAUAGAAUACUGUUAGUAUUUGGCACUGUGUAUCGUGGUCACCUUUCAAUACAAACCACUCUGUCUAACAGUAUCACUGUAACUGUAACGUUGCUGUAACAUUUGUCGUUAACUAACCUUUCCCCUCACACAAGUUUUUUUAAGCGUCGUCAUUGCACUGGAUGUGUCCUAGAGAAAACAACCAGAAAGGAAAACGUCUGGGAAAAUGGAACAAAUAAACAGACGGCAAACUUUUAAAAGGCGAGCAGGAAGAGGAGAGGGAGGUCUUCUGCUUUUGUGUUUUGUUGUUGUUUCCCAGUGCCUUGGCUCUGUGCUCUGUGGUGAAAUACACUGCCGUUUGCUCACA